UGUCUGUAGAAAUCGUAGACAAUGAAAGAAAUUACAAAGUUCAGAUUGAAACGAUAUAUAUUUCUUGGAAACGCCGUAUGCUAUGUAUAAGAAUCCCACGAAAACAGAGGUCGCUACCUUAUAUGUUACCUUCUAAGACUACAAUAAGUCGUAACACUUGCUUUCAGAUAUGCUAUGUCUAAUAUUACACAAUUUACUGGGCAAGGUGAGGUGUUACGAAAGAUAUGUCUAUGGCGUGAUCCACUGCUAGCUGUCAAAGAAACCUGAAGUCUUACAUACACCUUAUAGUCUAGUCUGACCUGUAAUCUCUGGAAUAACCUGUUGGAGGUCCCUUGGUGGUGUUAACCAGCGCUCAUUAUGGUGAAAUGUAGGAAUGUAGCAGAAAGUCAGCCAAGGCGGUUCAACGUUAAGGUUUCAAGCGAUGCUUGGUUCAAUGUAGCAGUUUAUCCUCUAAGGUUGCAGAAUGUAGUUCUGGUCAAAUCCUGGUCUCAGUUAUGUACGAGGAAUGAAGAAGAGAAUGUACAGGAAGUAGAAGACGUUGAAGGAGAGAAGAGAAGAAAGAAAAAGAUAAAGGCCUGUGGACAAAAGUCAAGCAUAAGCUACAUGCACUACAAAGCAUUUAAUCAGGCACUACAUUAAUGCUUCAAGCUUACGCUGAAGGCAGCAAUAAAA